AUGCGCUUCACUACUCUUUCUAUCCUCGUCCUAUCAUCUCUCUCCCUCGCUGCACCCAACGAGCCUUGCUACGGCCCUAAUGGCAUCGCAGGCGUUUGUAUCACCGACGCUGCCUGCAAGACUGCCGGCGGUACCUCCAUCUCCGGCGCCUGUCCCGCCGACGCUGCCAACAUCAAAUGCUGCUCCAAGCCAAAGUGCUCUUCUGGAAACUGUCGCUGGCAGUCUGACUGCACUGGUACUUCAGUAAGCAACCAAUGCCCCGGCCCAGCGCAGAUGAAGUGCUGUUCUUCUGCUGCUACUGGCUUCGGAGGGUAUUCUGCGCCCAAGAUCCCAGCUGUUGGAGCCUGUAAGGCUGUUUCUGUCAAUGCAGCCAAGAAGGUCGUUGCUGCUUUUCCCGGAAGGAUUAGAGAAAUCGGAUGCAAAAGGGACUGCUCUUGUCCUGGCAGCUCGGACCAUUGCUGUGGCCUUGCAACCGACUUCAUGUGCUCUGAUGGAGGUGGUUCUGCUACACUCUCCGGAAAGGAAAUCGCUGAGUGGUGCAUGAAAAACCGCAGUGCUCUCAACCUCAAGUACGUCAUCUGGGGACAGAAGAUCUGGACUACCUCCGUCGACAAGACGGAGAAGAAAUGGGAGAACUGGCGAACCAUGGAACAGCGCGAUGGCUUGACCCAGAAUCAUUGGGAUCACGUCCAUGUCUCUUACAAUGGCUAG